AUGUCGUCGAGACCAUCAGUUGCCGUAUGUACACAGGCAGCGACCCAUCAUCGAUCCGAUGGGGAUUCACCGUCCGAUCACAAGGCCAAGAUGUCGUCAUCGCUACGCCCGAGCGUCAACCCGGCCGACAACUACAACGUGUCCAGCCGCAGCGAGUGGAGCAGCGGAAAUCCUCCACCCGGAUUCAACGGCCAGAUGAUGCCGGGCACCACCCCGGCCGACAACUACAAUGUGAACAGCUCGACGUCGUGGUCCUCCGGCAAUCCGCCGCCCAACUUCAACCCGAACGCCCCGUUCGGGGGUAGUGUUUUUGGG